AUGACGGGCCAGCUCAAAGAUCCGAGAAACGCCAAGCGGACGCAGCCGAUGCAGGUCCUCUGCUUGGGCAUGUCCCGCUCAGGAACAGAGUCGCUGUGUAAAGCGCUGGAGAUCCUCGGCAUCCCGACUUAUCAUGGCUGGAGGUCGAUGGAGAACCACAAGCAGUCGCAGCUGUGGGUAGAGGCGAUGCAGGCCAAGUAUGAGAACAAGGGCAAAGCGUGGAAGAGGGAAGAUUUCGAUCAGAUUCUGGGCGAUUACAGCGCCUGCACCGACUUCCCCUCCGCUGCUUAUCCCGUCGAAUUGAUUGAAGCGUAUCCAGAAGCAAAGGUCAUCCUCAACCAACGCCCCUUCGACUUCUGGUACAAAUCCACCCUCAACACCGCAAACGCCCUCCGCGAAUCCUGGCUCUACUGGAUCCUCAUGAACCUCGACUCAGAAGCACGCGCCGUCUACCGCUGCUGGUGGAACAUCAACGACCACUACUUCCGGCACAACAUCCGCCGUAACGCCUUCGACAUUUACAAAGAGCACGCCGCCUUGGUCUGCGGCGCAGCAAUCCCUGCAGCCAAGAACGGCAACUUCUUGGAGUAUGAUGUGACGCAAGGGUGGGAGCCGCUGUGUGCGUUCUUGGGGGUCAAGGUGCCGGAGUGCGAGUUUCCGAUGGGGAAUGUGGCGGAGGAGUUUCAUAAGAGGGUGGAGGGGAGUAUGAAGCCGAGGUUUAUGAGGAGUGUGAGGAAUCUUGUGAUGAUUGUGGGGAGUGUGGUUGGGUUGGGGUUUUAUGGGUAUUUGCAGAGGGAGGCUGUUGUGGGAGCCGUGAGGGAGGCGGUUAAGCCUCUGUUGAAGGAGAGAGUGGUAGGUUUGAUGUUUGUUUGUGUAUGUCUGCUUCGGUUUUAA